CCAAAUUAAUUCUCAUCCUUUCCCAUGAUCUUUAAGCUUAUAAAACCAAGUAAUUUGGCACCCCAAAAGAAUAGAUUCUUUAGUAUCAGCAACGAAUGUAAAACCAUGUCCUCCGACAAAGGCAGUUCCUGUCCAAAGUUCAUUAUAGUCUCACCACUGCGCAGUCAAGACAGUGCCAACAAUUUGGUCGAUCAGGAUACAGGUGAUGAAAAGGCUCAGGGAAUAAAUGGAAAAACGACAGUCAAACAGUUGCCACGUUCAGCUGCAAACCCAAAGCCACAAGUGCCUCCAAAGCCAUUACAUCUGCAGAAUAUACCGACAUCCGAUAAACACCAAACCCCCAGGCAAAAAGCUUUAUCGAGUGUGAAACCAAGGAUGGACGAAGCUAAACCUGCCUUUCCCUCCUGUGUCUCCAAGGAAAAACCCAAUAAGAUAUCGGAUCUCAUCAGUCGCUUUGAAGGAGGCAGCUCAUCCCCUGCUGCCGUGGAGUUGAAGAAGGACUACUCUUCUGUUCGAGCUCAAGGAAGGCAUGGAUCGACCGAACCACCUCAGCCCAGACUCCUUUCCCCAAAUUCACUCCAGAAGCGGGGAAGCCAUCCUCGCCCACCUCAGGACGCACAGACACACACAGCCAACGGGGUGGUCGUCGUCACCCAAAACCCGACGGAGGGCCCGGAGGGCGAAUUCCCUCCUCUCCACCCCCUUGCUCCUCCGAAGUCGUCCCGUGACAGUAGCUUAGUCAACGGCGAGAGAGAAGCCACUCUAUCGGAUCCUUCUUCGUCUGUUGGAGAUGAUGGCGAAGGAGACGUAGUGAAGGACGGUGACCGGAUUGCAAGCGAAGAGGCCGGGUCCGCGCGGGACGUCGCUGAAGCAGUCGCCGCCCGAGAAGAGAAGUCGGAUGAAGAAAGCCCCGUUGAGCUCGAGAGACAAGAUGAGCAUGCUGAAGCCAAGGAAACCGAUGAACAGAAACUUCACAAUAUAGCCAAUGAACUUUUGCUUACAGAAAGGGCGUAUGUCAGCCGACUUGACCUAUUAGACCAGGUAUUUUACUGUAAGCUCUUGGAAGAAGCCAACCGGGGCUCGUUUCCAGCGGAGAUGGUGAAUAAGAUCUUUUCCAACAUUUCCUCCAUUAAUGUCUUCCAUACUAAAUUCUUGCUGCCGGAGCUGGAGAAACGAAUGCAAGAAUGGGCAACAACUCCCAGAAUUGGUGACAUCCUACAGAAAUUGGCUCCUUUCCUCAAGAUGUACGGAGAAUACGUGAAAGGCUUUGACCACGCAAUGGAAUUGGUGAAAACCAUGAUGGAAAGGACUCCUCAGUUCAAAUCAGUGAUCGAAGAUAUUCAGAAACAGAAGGUGUGCGGUCAUCUCACACUGCAGCAUCACAUGCUAGAACCCGUUCAGCGCAUUCCCCGCUACGAGAUGCUCCUUAAAGACUAUCUGAGGAAACUUCCCCCCGAAUCCCCAGACUGGAACGACGCUAAGAAAUCUCUUGAAAUUAUCUCUACUGCAGCGAGCCACUCCAAUAGUGCAAUCCGAAAAAUGGAGAAUCUCAAGAAGCUAUUGGAGGUUUAUGAGAUGUUGGGAGAGGAGGAAGACAUUGUCCACCCCUCAAACGAGCUUAUACGGGAAGGACAGAUUCUUAAACUUGCUGCACGGAAUACAUCAGCACAAGAACGCUACCUUUUCUUAUUCAACAACAUGUUACUGUACUGUGUGCCAAAAUUCAGCCUGGUGGGAUCAAAGUAUUCAGUUCGAACCAAAGUUGGCUUGGACGGAAUGAAAAUUGUCGAGACUCACAAUGAAGAGUACCCGCACACGUUUCAGGUUUCUGGGAAGGAAAGGACCUUGGAACUCCAGGCCAGUUCUGAACAGGACAAAGAAGAAUGGAUAAAGGCACUUCAGGUUACCAUCGAAGCUUUCCAUCAGAGGAAUGAAACCUUCAGAAACGCAAUCGCCAAAGAUAAUGACCUUCACUUGGAGGUUUCUACUGCCGAGCUGGGGAAAAGGGCCCCCAGAUGGAUCCGAGACAACGAAGUGACCAUGUGUAUGAAAUGCAAGGAGUCUUUCAACGCGCUGACGAGAAGGCGACACCAUUGUCGUGCUUGUGGACAUGUGGUCUGUUGGAAGUGCUCAGAUUAUAAAGCUCAUCUGGAGUAUGACAACAAUAAACUGAACAAAGUUUGUAAAGACUGCUAUCAAAUAAUAACUGGAUGCACGGACAGCGAAGAAAAGAAAAGGAGAGGAAUCUUGGAGAUUGAAUCAGCAGAAGUCUCUGGAAACAGUGUCAUAUGCAGUUUCCUUCUGUAUAUGGAAAAGUCAAAGCCUUGGCAGAAGGCUUGGUGUGUAAUCCCCAAACAGGACGCCUUUGUCCUCUACAUGUAUGGUGCACCACAGGACGUCCGAGCCCAGGCCACGAUCCCGCUGCUGGGGUACGCGGUGGACGACCUCCCCAGAAGCGCCGACCUCCCCCACAGCUUCAAACUGACCCAGUCCAAGUUCGUGCACAGCUUCGCCGCCGACAGCGAGGAGCUGAAACUGAAAUGGCUGAAAAUCAUCCUUUCAGCGGUCAGAGGUGAGACCCCAGAAUACGAGAACGAACCGCAGGUCACCGUCCACGAUGAUCCUGAACCCUCUGAAAAAUCAGAAUGCUAAACGUCAGACUUUUGGCCCGCCGGGUUGGCGGGAAUUUCGGCUCCCCGCGUGCUUGGAAGACCAGAGGAAAGGCAUUCCUAAUCAUCCCACACAUCUCUUAGCACUUUAUGUUGAAGGAUCCCGCUCCAUGAAUGGAUUUUUAGGACCCCUUUCUCCCUAUAUUUAUGUACUGUUGGUGAAAUUGACGGACAGAGCCAUUCCACGGAGGUGAUUUUAGGAAAGUCGUAAAUAAUGGAAACGUUUUAAGAGCUAGCCUUCGGUAUUUACUGCUUGUUUGAAGAAAACGGCGUCAUCUGAGUCUCUUACUAUCAGGUUAAAAUUCCCCUUUCACGAAGAAUGCAGAUACUUAGAAUGUAUCACACGUAUUAAUAGGACUUGUGGCAGAUCGAAAGAUAUACCUCCAAGUUGCCAAAGUAGAUCGAUAGUGAAAAAUAUGGGACCAUUAGUUAUUAGAGUUAUCCAAGUGAACUGUACAGCAAUGAUGUAUUUAGAGCAAUUAAAGUAGGCUUGACUAGAAAAAUAAUCAAAUUGUUUAAAUGUAUAUCUGUCUUGACCAGAUAAAUAGGCAUGUAAUGAGUAUGUACAUAUAGUAUAAGAGAAGGGUAGAUGCUACUUGAUUUACUUUGUCUUCGCAGCUGUUGAUUCAUAUGUCUCUUAUUUAUUUUUUAAAAGAAAAAGUCACGUCGACCUCGGAAUUAAAGAAGGCGCGUUUGCCUCGGAGUUAAGUAAGACACGUUGAUCUUGGAAUUAAGACCAGUGUCCCAAAUGGAAAAAUAAUAUAUUUUUCUGGUUUGAGUGAUUUAGGUUUUAAUUUGUUGACAUUAGUGUUUGGCUCUUUUUAUACUAUUAAAGAAAGUAGCAAAUCUCCAGGGCAUGUUACGGAAUAGUAGUUAAGUGUGAUCUUUCGGUUUCUGUUCCGUGGCCUGUUUAUAACAGUGCCUCCUUCUGCAGGUUCUUGUUGGCCUAUUUAAACGUUGUAGGGCAUGUUCAUUUUCAAAAGCGUAUAAAUAUCGCGGUAACUUUUAUGUUAAGUGCUUAGAAGGGCGCACUGUUCCUCUCUCACUGUUCCACAUCUAAACUGACCUGGAACACUCAUGGGACACGUGGAAUCUGCUUUUUCAUAACAUUUUCACUUGCUUUCCGUAAUUCUGGUUAAUCAACAGGCGGUAUCUAGCGAGCGCUCGCUGCGAGCGGGGCACUGUACUGAGCGUCUGUGGACAUUUUGUAGAAUAACCGGAUCUUAAAAAACUUGCAGGCCGAUAUCCAGUCAGAGCGGAAUCUUGAGGUAAAUCCCCAGAAGAUAUAAUAAGAUGAAGGAUGGUGUUGAUUAAGUGUUUCCAGUGUGCUAAGCACUGGGGAAGUUAUACGAUUUUCAUAUCGGUCACAGUCGCUGCCUCACCCCAGGGUUCGCAGUUUAAGUGGGAGGGAGAACAGGUAUGGAAUCCCCAUUUGACAGAUGAGGGAACUGAGGCACAGAGAAGCGAAAUGACUCGCCCAAGGUCACACAGCAGGCAAGUGGCGGAGCCGGCGCUAGAACCCAGGGGUCCCGACUGUGAGUCCUCGGCUCCUUCCUCUGCAGACCCUGCUUCCUCCCAGGAUCCCUCUCCAUCUACGUGAAUAGAGCAUCCGAAACAUUUUUAAGGCUAUAAUCUCCUUAUUCGUUGCCAAGGCAAUUAUCUCCAGAAAAAGAAGGAUAAACGUUGUAUUAAAAACUUGAGAAUAAGAUGGGGUGGCGGUGGGGAAGGGAAUCAGUAAGGAAAUUCCCCCCGCCGUGUCUGCU